AUGCUGAGAAGUCUGAAGGGACUUGUCUACCAUCCUCUAAAGUUGGACCAUGGGUAUGCCCUCCAUACGGCAGCCAAGGAUUGUUUAAGUUCCAUUGUCAGCCAGGAUGUCCAAACACUGGCAGAAAGACCAAGAGCAGUUUUCUAUACCAGCGAGAAUGACCCGGCCAACCACGCAGAACACCAUGAGGGUCGCCAUUACAGCAUUCCACUUGAGGAGGUGAAAGCUGUGUUUCCGCAUGGACUGCCCUAUCGGUUUCAGCAGCAGAUUAAGACCUUCAAUGAAGCCUGUCUGAUGGUGCGAAAACCAGCUCUAGAACUUUUCACUUACCUGAAAAGCUCCAAUUUUGCACACCCAGCUGUCAGAUAUGUGAUCUAUGGUGAGAAAGGAACAGGGAAGACCAUGACUCUGUGUCAUGUGGUUCACUACUGCGCAAGGCAAGGCUGGCUGGUGCUGCACAUCCCAGAUGCUCAUCUCUGGGUGAAAAACUGCAGGGAGCUCAUACAGUCUUCUUACAACAAAGAACGGCUUGAUCAGCCUUUGCAAGCAUCUUUGUGGCUCAAGAACUUCAAAACCUCAAAUGAGCGCUUCCUAAAAGAGAUAAAAACACAAAAAAAAUAUGUGUGGGACAAACGAGAAAGCACUGAGGAGGGCAGACCAUUGGGUGAAGUGGUGGAGCAGGGUUUAGCUCGUGUGAGAAGUGCCAGCGAUGCUGUUGGAGUUGUGCUGAAAGAGAUAAGGCAGCAAUGUCAUCUUGGCUCAUUCCGACUUCUUGUGGCAGUGGAUGGUGUCAACGCGCUCUGGGGAAGGACUACAUUAGAGAAGGAAGACAAAAGCCCUGUUUCUCCAGAGGAGCUGACACUUGUGUACAAUCUAAGGAAGAUGAUGAUGAAUAAUUGGAACGGAGGUGCUAUUGUGACAACCCUCAGCCAGACCGGCUCCCUCUUCAAACCCAGUUCUGCCUAUUUGCCCCAGGAGUUGCUGGGAAAG